AUGAUCAAUCAAAAUGAUGGUCAAUCCAACAAGAGGAGGCGCACUGAGGGGAAGGAAGAUGCAGACGAUGAAGUCGAAGUCUUCGCAGGGCAAAGGAGGUUCUCGGCGAAUCGGUUACCCUUUCACGAUUCUCUGGCCCAGUUUGGGUCUCCUUCUGUGCCCAUGCAUGGUGGUGACCAAUCUGUGAACCAAAAUCAAAUAUUGCAAGGAUCCCUAGCUUUCCCUUCAAACAUCGCCACGGAGGCUUUGCUUUCUGCUGGAAACUAUCCGCUAGUAAAUCCAAACUCCGCCGCGUUACGAGGCAUCUCCAUGCCUGCACGCAGAAGCACGGAGCCCUACGUUCCAGCCUUCCUUGGAGGUACAGGCACCCCAGCUUCGAUGCCAAAUCUGGGUUUUCUGGAUCCCUCUUUGCCUGCUCAAGCAGCUCAAGCAGGCAUGUUUGGACAGCAGGGAUUCCUGUCAACUUCGGGCCAGGGUUCGGCUCCAGCACAAGUCCAAGCUCAAGCACAUGCUCAAGCUCAGGCUCAAGCUCAGGCUCAAGCUCAAGCUCAAGCUCAGGUCCAAGCUCAAGCUCAAGCCCAAGCUCAAGCUCAGGCCCAAGUCCAGAUGCAAGCUCAGAUGCAACUUCAAGCCCAUGCACAGGUACAAGCCAGGGCUGCUGCAUUGAAUUCCACCGCCGCUCAGCAAGGACUCCGGAUGCAGUCUCAAACAGCUUUCCGUGGAGCAAACACUCAGGCCUCACAAAUCCCAAACCUCCAAAUCUCGAUGGCAACUUCUCCCACAUUUGCGAUGCCAAUGGAAUCUCCGUUGUUUCAAGGACACGGCACGAGCAACAUGCCAAACGAGUCUUCGACAAAGCACAGCACCUCGGCGGUUUCAGCGGCAUCCGUGGCAGGCGCGGCCACGGCUCCGUCAGCUGUAACUGGCGAUGGCGACAUGACAGGUCGGGCUCCAGUGAUCUUGUACAUGCCAUGUGACGAUGCGGUGAUCUCCCGCUACCAGUGUUUGGCACGCAAGCAAAUGGAAGUAUUUGAAGCUCAAGAGAUUGAUGUGGAAGCGGGAGCUCAGGGCCGGAAUAAAGGCAUCGUUUUGGGUCAAGUGGGAAUCCGGCGACGCACAAAAUCAUCCACGUUCUACCCAUCGAAACUGAAGAGUAUUUACCAAACGGCACAGAACAUGGCCAACACACACUUGACACAAACCUGCCAAUACAUCCCCAAGCCGAUCCGCGAUGAAUUGCAAAAGUUGUCCCAAGACAAAAAGACAUCCGCUGGAGGUGGGAAGGAGUACUGGAGUGAUGGUGCCAGGAUCCUCGGGGUGUAUGAGACUGAAUCAUAUCUGCGCUUCAAGAAGACCAACGACUAUCCGGGAUCACGAAGACCAUCAGAUGGGAGCAAAGCUGGUCAGUUGUAA